CGCCUCAGCGGCCGCGAGCGGAGCGAGGAGGAGGAGGAGGAGGAGGAUGAGCAAAGGCCGCGACGGCCCCGCGGCGGCCGGAGCCGCCGCCGUCCUGCUGCAGUACCUGCGGGAGCAGAACCGGCCGUACAGCGCCCAGGACGCCUUCGGGAACCUGCAGCGGGAGCACGGGCUGGGCAAGGCGGCCGUGGUGAAGGCGCUGGAGCAGCUGGCUCAGCAGGGCCGCGUCCGGGAGAAGACCUACGGGAAGCAGAAGAUCUAUUUCGCCGACCAGGAGCAGCUCCCGGCUGCCAGCGACGCGGAGCUCCGUGGCCUGGACGGGGACAUCGCUGCCCUCUCCGCCAAGCUGCAGGCGCUGCAGCAGAGCUGCCGGCAGAUGGAGGGAGAGCUGAAGGACCUGAACGGCUCCAUGACAACCCCUGAGAUGGCCGGAGAGAUCGAGGAGCUGAAGAGGGACUGUGCCGGUUACGAAGAGAAGCUGGAGAGGAUGAAGUCUGCCACCAACCAUGUGACUCCGGAAGAAAAGGAGAAGGUCUGCAGCGAGCAGAAGCAGUACUGCAAGGAGUGGAGGAGGAGGAAGCGAAUGGCAACCGAGCUGCUGGAUGCCAUCCUGGAGGGGUACCCCAAAAGCAAGAAGCAGUUCUUUGAGGAGGUGGGGAUAGAGACAGACGAGGACCAUCAUGUCACGCUGCCAGCAGCUGUGUGAGACACCGAGGGAGCCUUUGCCCCACUGAGGAGGAGCUGAUGCUGAAAUUCAGCUGUUGGAGUUGGGUUUUUCUUUCCUCCUGUUUUUUUUCCUGCAGGGUUUGGUCUGGUCUGGUGUGUUUAUAUGCGUUUGUUUUAAAAUGCUUUGCAGCUGGAAGGGUGGUUGGAGUGAAGGACUCAGCCCUGGGGCCUCUCACUGUCUCUCCUCUGUGGAGGGAAUGUUAUUUCUUCCUGCCCUUCAGUGCAGUGACCUGGAGGGGCUGGGUGUCCUCCCAGGACUGGGCAGGGGAACAUGGACUCCACUGUUGUAGAGUCCCUGGUGUUCACUAAACAAAGGAAGGCAGUGCUGUGGGGAGGCGAGUGAAGGAGUGACUGCAUAGCUCUGUGUGUCACCCAGAGGUGUGUGAGGAUCCAACCCAUUAAAACUCAGGCUUUUGCUUCA